AUCUUUAACUGUUGGUGGAAAAGUUUAAUGCGAACUACCUAAUUUCAAACUCUGAGAGUAAAUGGUCCAGUCGAAUGGUGUGCGGCAAGGGGGUUGUAUUUCCUCAUUUUAUUUAUAUCCAUUGAUGUGAGGUAAACAAUAUUUCAAGUCGACUUUCCUCUUUCGUCAGAUGAUAUAACAAUGCUGCAACGACGACACUUAGCGAGUGUUAAAUAAUAUCAAGAACUGAUAAACUGAGCUGAUGAACUCAUUGGUUCAAUUAUAUAUUCAGUCUGCUUAUUAGCAUUUCAUUUUCAAACUGUUUGGGAAAGCUACAACAUGUCGUGGAACUUGCUGUGCUGUAUAUUUGUUGGCCUGCUGUUUCUCUGCGUGGAUGCAUCAUCGUACGGUAUUCGACAGCAACAACAAGGACAACAGCAUGUUUCCCUGAAUGAAAAUGCGGAUUUGGACAAUCAGAGGGAUGUCGGCGACGAGGAUUUUCUCAGCACUUCAAUUUUCGGGGUUUUGAACGUGAUGCUUACUCAAGUGCAAGAAAUCAACCAAAAAGUUCAAAAAGUUGAGCCAUCCACACUGAAUACAUGCCCUUCUCAAGAAGGAAAGGAAAAGCUCACUGCACUGACAGACUCUGUCAAAUAUCUGUUAAAUAUCACGGAAACCCUUAACAAUGAAUUUCGGGAGCUAAAGAGAAGUCAAGGAGAAGCAUGCAACAGGAAAUGCAAGAAUUUGGAGCCGACCAGCGAUUUGGCAAAAAAAGUCGAUUGUUUGACGAGAGGGAUCAACCUAGAUUUGAAAAGAUUAGUCUCGGGGACCUUUUACUACGACAAAACCACCUUAUUGACCUGGUACGAAGUCAAGAAUUUCUGUAAACUAUACGGCCUCGAAAUGGCAACGUUGGACACCCGAGAAAAAGCAAAGGAAGUCUUUUCCGCCGGUAUCGUUGGAGGUCAAGGCUACUGGGUGGCCGCCAGCGAUAUCAAUCAGCAGCUGGGAGACUACCGCUGGAUCCAUAACGGCAACAAAGUCCAGACUGAAGCGUGGUUACCAGGCUACCCCGCAGUCUACAAAUUUGGACAACAGACGUGCACCGUAUUGUGGCAAAACCUUCUCUUUGAUCACCCUUGCGGAGUCAAAGACCGCUUCGUCUUGUGCGAAAUGCCCAAGGAGUGCCACGAUAUCUUGAAAUUCGCAUAAUUCAUUGGGAAACUGGGGGAAGACCGCGUAUCCCUAGUAUUCAUGCCACUUUUUAGAUUUUUUGUUGUUUUGUGCGGUAGAUUCCCAAUUGUGAGGGAUAGCAAUCUCAUGGUUUGUGCCAUUUUGUCGCUUAUUUGCUUUUCAUGGAAUUUAAAUACAACUUGCCUCAUUCUUGUCCUCCUAU